GGGAUCACAUGAUCUGACAGCUGCUUGUACAGGAAGUGUGGACCCUAUUGGAGUGUCAUGGAUGAAGAUGGGCUGCCUAUCGUUGGCUCCGGGAUAGAUCUCACAAAGGUUCCAGCGAUCCAGCAAAAAAGAACGGUGGCUUUCUUGAACCAGUUUGUCGUGCACACGGCUCAGUUCCUUAACCGUUUUGCAACCAUUUGUGAGGAGAAACUGUCAGCACUAUCUCUCCGUGUUCAACAAAUUGAAACCACUUUAAACAUCUUGGAUGCCAAGCUCUCUUCCAUACCCGGCCUUGAGGAUGUUAAAGUGGAAAAACAACAUGUACCUCCAGAUACCAUUCCCAAUGGCCAUAUACCAACACAAGCAGAUUCACAAUCCUCACUCUCUGUCUCUCCUCAGUCCGAUGUCACACAGAAUUCCAUGAAGGAGAUCCCAUUGCAGAAGGAAGAAGUGCAAACAGAAAAUGUCGUCACUGUGGCAAAAGAUCCUAGAUAUGCCAGAUAUCUCAAGAUGGUUCAAGUGGGGGUUCCAGUCAUGGCGAUAAGAAAUAAGAUGAUCUCAGAAGGACUCAAUCCUAAUUAUUUAGAGACCCCAGACGCUCCAAUACCUGAUGGAGAGCCAGCAGCUGAUGAAAGCUCUGACAGUGAAUCUUCAUUUAGUGAUUAAAUUCUUUAGGUUUUUUUUCUACCAUAGUCUUUUGUAUAAGCUAGACUGGUCCAUUAUACAGGCACCACAUCAUUGAAGAACAAAUUAAUGUAAAAUGUCGUCUAUUGCUACUGGUCGCAAAUAUCUGCAUGAAUUGAAUAAAACACAACUCCCAACAGUCUCAGAACCAGAGAAGCAGUCCUGCCAUAUUUCAUUCCAAUUCUGUCCAUGCAAAACACUUUGUGUCACUCUGAACAUGUGCAGGGCCAGAUGCACCACUGAUGUGCCCUUCUUCACGUGCACUCCAAUUUUCUUGCCCAUGACCCCUCUAACGCCAUUCUCAUAGCUCCUAGGGAGUUAUUGAACAUUAACUGUUUUUUUGGUUUUUUUUUGGUGUUUUUCUUUAUAUGUUAAGUUUCAAAAAGCAGUGUUGCCUUACUAUGUGGAUAUUUACUCACUAAAUAAAGCACUGGAGGUUAUGAUGCUAGGAGUACACUGGCCCAGUUCCCCAGUAAGUGGGCAAACCAUUUUUCUCUCUAAUGCAGACUUUUUCGUUACUACCUAUUAUUUUCUGAUCUGCUUGAAAGAUUUCAAGAUCUCUGUCCUAUGUCAAUGGGCUUGUAAGGUGUGCCAUGUAAGUACUGGCUCUCACUAUAACUGUCGGUCUACAUGCUCCCUUUAUGGAAGGCACUACAAAGUAGAGUGUUAAAGCUUUAAAGUUUAACAGUGUUAACACUGAGCAGUGGCAAGGCCUUAGGGGACUCCAGGCACUAAAUGGGAUGUUGCAUCGAAUGCCUCUUUAAUACAAUUCUCACUAAUGCACCUCUGUUUCUGUUGUUGGCAAACAUGUAUUUUUAUUAAACUGAUAAAACAAAA